AUGUACCACAUACCAUUAUCAGCGGAGCAACGCAAAGGCAAAACGUACAAGCAAAACAAAUUCGGGGGGAUUUCCCUAUUGAUACCACUUCCCCCUCUGGAUGGCAUCCAUCAAAGAGUUUGCUAUAAUACCUACGUGAACCCGCAAUCCGUACAUCGCGGCGUUGGUUUCAGAGGGUGGCCAGAUGGCAAAACGCAUGUGGACCUGAACAGCAUGGGGGCAGCGAAGCUCAGGAAUGAGAAGAUUCAUCAAGUUCACAGUGCAGAACAUUUUAGAAAUUCAAAAAGAAAACAUUCCACUAUGUAUCGUAAAUUUACAAUUGGCAAAACACAGCGCGUUACAAUAUACGCGAACACGGAUCGCCAUGAUGAAGUCAAGGAAAACGCCUACCCAAAUGUUUCUGGCCGGCCUACAAAAGAUAGCGGCCGCAGACACCUCAUAAAACAAGGACGUCCCAUCUUGAGAUGCGACUCUGAUAUGAUCAACGGCGGUCUUACUCGGGAAAGGGAUAGAGUGGCAUUACGACUGGCGUGGGUUGCCGCCAGCCGUUGGGGAGAAAUAGUAAAACUUCAGAAACAAAAUUUUGCACAGAACGCUUGGGAUCCAAACGCCAUAAUAGUGAUUGGGGAACUCUUCCCAGGACAUUCAAGGGCGAUCCAAACAGGGCCGCACGAUAUGUAG